CUAUCCGGCGCCGAAACACCGAUAGACACUCAGACGAAAGAGCCAUGGCGGCCACGGGUGGAGGGAAAAUUAGAAGCAGGAGAUAUCACAUCGCCUCUAAACCUUACGCCAAGAGUAAACAGCAGUCAGGCCUCAUCAGUCGAGUGACAGACACAGUAAAGAGCAUCGUUCCUUCCUGGCUGCAGAAAUACUUCAAGAAUGGAGAUGUUCCUGAAGGAGGGGGGGCUGUACAAGGGACAGACCAGAACUGCCAGCCUUCCCUUCCUCCGCCGCCUCCUAACGGCAGUGAAGAAGGACCUCCUCCACUUGAUGGACGUGACUCCCCGGAGCCUAGCACCAGUAACACAGAGCCCUCAACCAGUCGGGCAUCCCUGAACUUUCAGGAGUAUGUGCUUUCUCGACCUCCUCUGAGUCGCUCCCACCUUCAUUUCCCCCCGCUGGAUGCUUCCUCCCCGACCCUGGGGGCUUCCAGCAGCCUCUUCUCUCAGCCUUCCACCUCCUCAGCCCCCGGACCCUUCUCCACAGGCUUCUCCUUGGUCAAAGAAAUCAAGGACAACCUCUCACAGCACGAAGAUGAUAACAUCUCCACCACGAGUGGGUUCUCCUCCCGCGCCUCUGACAAAGAUGUCCCCACUUCCAAAACAGCUUCACUUCCCCAGCUUUGGUCUCCAGAGAUGGACAGAACAAACUCUGGACCUCAGCCUUCCCAGUCCAGUCUGAAAAAGCCUGCUUUCAACCUGUCCGUCUUUGGAACAUCCUCUAAUUCAACAUUAAACAGCACAGCGCUGAAUUCCAGUCAGCUUGGAGAUUCACCCUUCUACCCUGGGAAGACCACGUACGGUGGGGCAGCUGCAGUCAGGAACGCUCGCACACGUCCAGGAACACCGUAUCAGGCCCCAGUGAGGAGACAGAUCAAGGCCAAGCCUGCUGGCGCUCAGCCCUGUGGGGUGACCAGUGCCACAGCCAGACGCAUCCUACAGUCUUUGGAGCGCAUGUCGAGCCCUCUGGCUGAUGCUAAGAGAAUCCCAGCAGCAGCCUCAUCCCCCCUGUCACCAUCAAUGGAUGGCACAAAUCUAGAUGUUUCACAUUUCCAGUCGAAAAAGAAACGGAUGGAUUCCACCCUCCCACCGGUGCAGAAGCUGGUGGUUCCUGCUGCAGCCUCAGUGUCAGGAAACCGCUCUGUGUCCUUCAGGCCUACUUUGACCCCCGGAGGAGUGAGCCGAACUCUGGACAGGACCCCAAGAGAGACGCCCACAAGACAAUCACCGCAACUACCUAAAGCAACCCCAGGUCCAUCUCAAAGCACAAUGGGUUCCAGUGGCCCAGUCUAUCCUCUGUCCAGCACGCCUGCAGCCAGCGGCGUCAGCUCUGGAGGAGGUAAGAUGAAGAGAGAGAGGACCAGUGCACGACCCUCAUCUAAACGCCCUGAAGAGGAUGAGGUGGCUGAGGUCCCCGAACUUCCAACUAUUUCACUUCCCAUCAGCACCUCUGCCUUGCCCACUUUCAGCUUCUCCACCCCUCUUCCACCUCUCACCACCUCCACCAUCAUCAGCUCCACCUCCAACGCCACAGCCAUUACUCCUGCCAAGGAAACAUUCACAAAUAAGGAGCCUCCAACAGCCACGACACCACCCUGUGUACCUUUUACAUUUUCCUCCCCUAUUGUCAAAGCAACUGCUGCUAGCCCACCUUCCUUUUCCCCUUCAGCUGGAUUUACUUUUAGUGCACCCGUAGCAAAGUUAGGUCCCUCCAUGUCAAACGGGAAGCUGUCGGCUCCCAUAGCAGCAGCAGUGAAGCCAGCAGCUAACAAAAGCACAGAAGAUUAUGAGGGACCCUUUAAACCAGCCAAGGUCCUGAAGCAGGGCAGCGUGCUGGAUCUUCUCAAAGCACCAGGCUUUGGCUCUCCUGUUGCUCGGACUUCCCCAGGUCCAGACAGCGCUCCCCAGCCGAACUCCACACAAUCCACCGCCCCCUCCUCCACCUCCACAACCACCUCCUCCCUCUCUUCUUCAACAGGCUUUGGUGAUUUGUUCAAAGCCCCGCUAAACGGCUGGAGCUGUGACGUGUGCUUGGUGCAGAACAAGCCAUCGGAUGCAAAGUGUGUUUGUUGUGCGGCCCCACAGCCCAACUCCUCCUCAUCUAAAUCUAUGGACAGUAAGCCUUCACCCACAACUUCAGUUGGGCUGGAGAGCAGCAGCAGCUCGAGCGCCGCCACCUCCUCCACCACUACGACCACCACAGGUUUUGGCGCAAUGUUUUCCAAACCUGCAGGAACCUGGGACUGUGACACAUGUCUUGUUAUAAACAAACCCGAUGCAGUAAAGUGUGUGGCCUGCGAAACAGCCAAACCCGGAACGGGGCUUAAACCGUCACUGACUCUUCCCUCUGCCUUCUCAGCUGUUAAGACUGCUCCCACCCCCACAGCCCCCGUUUCCACAGGGUUCGUCGGAUUUGGAGACAAGUUCAAAAAACCUGAUGGGGCAUGGGAAUGUGAUACAUGUUUGGUACAGAACAAGGCAGAGGACACUAAGUGUGUAGCCUGCAUGAGCGCUAAACCAGGUGCUUCAGCAGGAACAUCAGCAGGAGCUUCAGCAGGAUCAUCAUCUGCAACCAGCACUGUUUCGGUGUUUGGGUUGGGAGAUAAAUUCAAGAAGCCAGAGGGUUCCUGGGAGUGUGAUGUCUGUCUCGUACAGAAUAAGGCUGCAGAUGUACAGUGUGUUGCUUGUCAGGCAGCCAAACCUGGAGCUAAUGUGGAGCCCAAAGCUUUUGGUUCAUCAGCUGGUGGGACUUCAGGCUCCUCUACGUUUGGGUCUUCUACCUCUACUUCUGGAGGUUUCAAGUUUGGCACAUCAGACAGUACCUCGGGGUCUGGAUCUGGAGGUUUUAAGUUUGGGGGCUCAUUUUCAGAAUCCUCCUCUACUACUACUACUUCUUCAUCAGGUGGGUUCAAAUUUGGAAUCCCGUUUGGAAGCUCCUCAUCAGAAACCACUUCUAAAGACACUACUGCCUCAUCAGGGUUCAAAUUUGGCAGCUCAUCUGAGGGCUUUAAAUUUGGGGCUGCCUCUAGUGAUGACAAAAAGUCAGAACAACCUGCCUCUGGUUCUGGGUUUAAGUUCAGAGCCAGUGGUGGGAUAGUGUUUGGAACUGGAUCAUCUAGCACAGACAGCAACUCCUCUAAGGGCGGCUUCACCUUUGGACUGUCAAAACCUGAGGAGAAAACAUCAGACACCACCACCUCAUCGUCUGUUAGUUUCACUCCUCCUGUUUCCUCUCAAGAAAAGAGCGACGGCGCGGCAACAUCAACCGACACCACAUCAACAAACGCAAAUGCGACCACCACCACUACCACCACUGCCGGGUCUGUGUUCGGGAGACUGGGAGAGCCAAGUCUGGCGACCACCACACCACAGGGGGGCUCUGCGUUUGGAUCCUUACAGACAGACAAAGAGCCAGCUGCUCCCACGUUUACCUUUGGGAAGCCAGAGGAAAAGAAGGAAAGCGGGACCUCCUCCGCUGCGUCUACCUUCCUCUUUGGUGCUGCUAGCAAAGAUGCAGAUGCAACAUCGGCGCCGGCCGCUUCAGGCGGCUUUUCUUUCAGCAAGCCCAGCGCUCCAACUGAACAACCUCCACCACCUGCGUUUACCUUUGGAAAGCCAGCAGACAAGAGUGAAACAUCUACUGCAGAGGCCCCAAAGCCCUCCUUCACCUUUGGGCAAAGUGCUACAGAUCCUGCUGCUGCCGCUGCUCCAAAACCAGCAUUUUCCUUUAUGACUAGCAAACCCGCCAGCACCACCAACCCCAUCACCUCGUCAUCCUCCACCCCAACCCAGAGUCUGUUCGGUGGCAGCAGCAACAACAGCAGCAGCUCCACCCAGGCCCCAGCUCCCUCCACAGCUCCCAGCACUUUCAUGUUCGGUCAGCCUGCUGCGGCCUCCAGCGAUGCUUCUCCAGCUAAAGCCUUUGUCUUCGGCCAGAGCCAGGACAGCCAGCCGCCCGCUCCGUCAACUGCUCCUCUGAACUCUGUUCCCACCCCAGCUCCCUCACAACCCUUCAUCUUUGGUGCUUCUGCCAACGCUGCUCCAACUGCUGCUGCUCCAUCCUUCAGUUUUGGAGCAGCAGCACCCUCUGCUGCUUCAACUUCAGCUCCAUCUGCAGCUCCCUCUCCAUUUGUGUUCAGCUCGGCCCCCACUGGUGGGUUCGGGGCCAACCAGGCUCCUUCUUUUGGCUCGUCCUUUGGAUCCCCUUUCACAGCCACACCCUCCCAGAACCCAACUUUUGGGGCCAAACCCAACGCCGCCCCUGUCUUUGGACAGCAGGCCAACUCCACACCUGUAUUCGGAGCAGCUGCUAAUUCUGCACCAGGUGGAGGCUUUCAGUUUGGAGGAGCCAGUGCAUUCGGAUCCACAAACAACACCUCGGGUGUGUUUACUUUUGGAGUGGGUUCAGCGGCUUCUCCCACCCCCGCUGCCAACCCUCCCAUCGCACCCCAGACAGGAGCACCUGGAGGUGGAUUCAGCUUCUCACAACCCCCAACAUUCAAUAUUGGGGCAGCUAAAUCCUCCAUGGCCUCUCCUGCUGGACAACAAACCAUUGCUGGACGCAAGAUCAAGACAGCAGUGCGGCGCAGAAAGUAGAGCCCUGUGGACUCGACUAGAAAGCAGACAUGACUUUGACUUGACUUAUACCCCUCCCUUCCCCCACUGCUGAAGGCUGACUAAAGUUGGGGAAGGUCUCAACUGGACAAACACUGAAAUGACUUGGCAUGUGAAGAAGGGCCGAGGCUCGGGGCUGGGCUAGGGCUAUGGCUAGGGUGGGGCGGGCGGGGGGGAGGAGGGGGCAGCCCCGCUUUUGUGCUCGGGCUGGACUGGAAUGGGUGGGUGGGUGGGUUUUAGCUGUAGGCUGGGGCUGAUUAUUCAGAUGCUUUUCACAUGUAGACAAGAGUUGUUAAAACCUGAGACCAUCCCACAGGACUUCUCAUGAAAAAAUAAAACUGUUGACUG